AUGAUAAUAAAAGGGUUGUGCAGGAGAUAUGAGAGAUGGAACCCAGUGCAUCCAACUUCUGGAGCAUUUUGGGGUAUGGGAAUAGGCAUUGGUUGUGGUGUGGGAUGGGGUCCUGGGUUUGGUCCAGAAGCAAUUGGGUAUGUCGGUGCUGGUUGUGGUGUUGGAUUUAGCGUGGGCAUCACUUUUGUUGGUUUUGGUAUUGGCCUGCCUGCUAAUUACCUCUUUCAAGUUCCUUAUAAUGCUAUUUUGGCAACAAGAAGUGGUGCAUUAGCGAUUGCCAGAUCAAAUGGUCUUCUUUCUGCUAAGGAUGUUGCAGGGGAAGGAUGGAAUAAUGUUGCAUCUCGCGCUUAUCUAUUGCAAAGAGAAACCAGCGGAAGGUUGUCUAGCUUUAACAAGAAAGUUUUCUUGGACAAUGGGGUCGACUUGGUUGACAUGAAGAGCAAACUGUCUGCCAAUGCUGGAUCGUUGUCAAAAGUCUUGGAAACAUUUUCCAGUCGAUUCUUUCCUCCUGGAAAAGUUUUAUGGGGAUUGGGAUCACUGGUUAGCGGUGGGUUUAGUGACAAAUCCUGGAUAGAUGGUGAGAGGCUGUAUGGGCUUUUAGGGAAGUUAAAAUCAAAUCCGUUUUGGAGCUCAAAGUCUUCGAUGAUUAAGGCAGGGUUGUCUCUUAGACUCAGGGUACAAAAGAUUGACAUGACAGAGUGCUCAACCUUCAUUUACGUUGAAAAAAUUGUUGUAUCUGUCAGACAGAAUGAGAACACAGACGCUGUGAAUUACUGCUAG